GCAAGGGUGCAGGAUGCAUGUGUUUCUUUAUGUGGCCGCAACCCACAUGGCUUUGUGAGCGCCGUCCUUCACUGCAGCACUGGCCGGAGAGAGCGAGGAACCGCUGCAAUGAGGAGGUUUGUGGUUUUGCUCGUCAUGGUGGUGACCCCUGCUGUGUGUGGCGCCGAGAAAAACAGAGCUCUGAUCAUGGCUGUGAGGAACGGCAACCUGGAGCGCAUUAAAGAACUCUUGGCCAGCGGCGUGGACGUCCUCCAGCGCGAUAUCCGAAACCGCACGAGCCUCCACCACGCGGUCGGGAAAAAACACCUGGAAAUCGUCAAAGAAUUAGUAAACGCCGGCCUCCCUGUCGAUGUUGGCGGCAACCACGACACCACCCCCUUGUUCCUGGCGGCCAACGAGGGCAGCGUGGAGAUCGUGGACUUCCUGCUCGACGUCGGGGCCAACGUCCAGCAUGUCAACGGCUUCGGAUCGACGCCUCUGCACUGGGCGGCGGACACCGUGGAGGGCGCCACGACGAUCGAGCAACUCCUGAUCCACGGCGCGCCCUUGAACCAUGCCGACAACAGCGGCAACACGCCCCUGCACCGAGCUGCUGCGGGCGGUAAUCUGGGCGGUGUCGUCAUCCUGCUGGCAUGGUGCGCCGACGCGUCGCUCGUCAACGCCGAGGGCCUCACGCCGUUCGACGUGGCCGUUGCGGAGAAACAGCCACAGAUCGCCGAAGAAAUUCAGGGAGCGGAGCCAUGCGAAUAUGACCCGUGUGACAAAAUUCUUGCGGAUGGCUCUCUGCCUGAUGAUUCUCCGCAGCUCCUCGCCUGUUUGAAUGCCACCUGGACAACUCCUUCCUCUUCAGAUAAUGGCUGUGAAAUCAAAGGGCGGUGGUACAACCACGGGUCCGAGUGGUUUGACGGCUGCCGAGAACACCGUUGUCAAGAGGGACGUAUUUGGUCCAACGCCACUGUCAGCUCCUCGUGCUGUGAGGACGGUGGGCAAGUUUAUCCCGCGGGACACAUCUGGGAAAGGGGAUGCUACCUCCUCAUCUGCUCCGAGGGGCGUCCGGAGGCGCUGGCCCUUCUCAACACAUGCUGCGAGGUAGACGGCGAAGCGCGCGUCCACGGGCACACUUGGACCUCUCCCUCCGGCUGCGUCACCUUCACGUGCAAUUCGGGCGUGGUGGAGGAGGACGUGGUUCCUGAUAACUGUUGUAUGGAAGGGAACAAGCGAUAUAUACAAGGUCACACCUGGACGGAAGGUUGCAAGGAGCACAUCUGUCGCGCAGGCGUAGUUAAUGACUUGGCAAUCGCUGCAACAUGUUGCGAGGUCGGAGAAGACGUGUACCCAAACGGCUACAUCUGGAGGGAUGAUUGUGUCCUCUAUUUGUGCAACGCUGGCACACCGCAGAACAUAGCGGUGCUCAGCUCAUGUUGUGAAAGCAAUGGGGAGAUGUACUACGACAGGCAGAUCUGGCCCGUGGGGUGCGCGAGGUACACCUGCAACUACGGCGUGGUUGAGGAAUUGCCGAUGCUCGAGACAUGCUGCCAAGUGGCCGAGAAAGCGUACAAAGACGGCGAGACCUGGCAGGCUUCUUGCUACGAGUUCACGUGCAACAACGGGACUGUCGAGCUGCUUCAAGUGCUGAACAUGACGCACUGUUAGGGACGAAAUGUGGCAGACCCCCACUCACUUCAGAAUACAUGCGUCGAUUUUAUGGUCUCUACAUGUUUUUUAUUUUAUUUUAUUUUUUUCUAUCUUAUAAGUAAGCACAUCACAUCAUACACGCACAUAUAUACACACACACAUACGCACACACUUACGCACG